UCGCUUAGGUGUUUUGGGCCAGAUAUUUAAUCCCUGAGCCGUGUUCCUCGUUUGUGAAAGGUUGUGCAGGUGAGGGGAAUAAAGCGUUUGGGCUCCCGCGUCCGCUCUUCCCGUCCUGUCCACCAGAGUUCUUGGUGCCGAGACGUUUCUCCCUGUUCACAGCCGGGUUCCCUGGCCUAGAAGAGAGCACAGCGCGCGGUAAACUAGACAUCGGUGAAGAGAGAGACAGUGCUUCCCGACCAAGGAAGACAAGCUCAGAAACAUGUGGAAUGACAUUGAACUGCUGACAAGUGAUGAUACAGGAAAUGGGUACCUAACUGUGGGUUCAAGAAAAGAACAUGGAACUGCUUUAUAUCAAGUCGAUUUGCUAGUCAAGAUCUCCUCUGAAAAGGCUUCACUGAAUCCAAGGAUACAAGCGUGCAGCUUAAGUGAUGGGUUUAUUAUUGUGGCAGACCAGUCAGUGAUAUUGCUUGACAAUAUCUGUCGAUCCCUUCAAUUGCAUCUUAUAUUUGAUACUGAAGUGGAUGUAGUUGGUCUAUGUCAAGAAGGUAAAUUUCUUUUGGUUGGAGAGAGAAGUGGCAACUUACAUCUUAUUCAUGUGACAUCAAAGCAAACAUUACUCACCAAUGCUUUUGUUCAGAAAGCUAAUGAUGAAGACCAACGUACUUACCGGAACCUUAUUAUUGAGGAAGAUGGUUCAAAUGAAGGUACCUAUUAUAUGCUGCUUCUUACACACAAUGGAUUUUUUUGUGUUACAAACCUUCAGCUUGUAAAAAUUCAACAAGCGAUCGAGGACGUAGACUUUGAUACAGCAAAAAAGUUACAAGGACAAAUCAAAUCCAGUUUUAUUUCUACUGAAAAUUACCACACUCUUGGUUGUCUCAGUCUUGUGACUGGAGAUUUAGCAAGUGAAAUUCCUGUGAUAAUUGGGGGGACUGGUAAUUGUGCAUUAUCGAAAUGGGAACUAGAUUCUUCCAAGAAAGGAAUGACCAUGAAGAACCUGACAGAUGCAGAGAUUAUUAAAGGUGCAAAGAAAUUCCAGCUGAUAGACAAUCUACUCUUUGUCCUUGAUACUGAUCACGUGCUGAGUUUAUGGGAUAGUUUCACCCUUACUCCCGUAUGGAACUGGCCCUCUCUUCACAUAGAGGAUUUUCUUCUUACCACUGAAGCAGACACUCCUUCCUCAGUAACAUGGCAAGGCAUCACAAAUCUCAAGUUAGUAGCUCUGACAAGUACAACUAAUAAGGAGAUGAAAAGUCUCAUGGUUUAUUCAUUACCCACAAUGGAAAUUCUGUAUUCUUUGGAAGUAUCCAGUGUUUCUUCUUUGGUUCAAACAGGGAUUAGCACAGAUACCAUAUACCUGCUAGAAGGAAUUUGCAAAAAUGAUCCAGAGCUGCCUGAAGGCUCUGUGUCUGUUUUAGUCCUCAGGUAUCUCACAGAAGCUUUACCAGAGAACAGACUGAGUCGGUUACUUCACAAGCACAGAUUUGCUGAAGCUGAGAGUUUUGCCCUUCAGUUUGGACUUGACGUUGAGCUUGUUUACAAGGUGAAAUCUAAUGAUAUAUUGGAGAAACUGGCUUUGAGUUCUGUGGACACCAGUGAGCAGAUCAGAUGGCAAAAGCUAGUAGAGGAAGCUAAGGAAAACCUACAUAAAAUCCAGGACGAUGAAUUUGUGGUUAAUUACUGCUUGAAGGCUCAGUGGAUUACAUACGAAACAACCCAGGAAAUGCUCAAUUAUGCCAAAACCAGGCUUUUGAAGAAGGAGGAUAAAACUGUUUCUGUCUAUUCUGAUGGCUUGAUAGAGGUACUCAGGGCUCAUGCAAAGUUGACUACAUUUUACGGAGCAUUUGGACCAGAAAAAUUCAAUGGUAAUUCUUGGAUUGAAUUUCUGAAUAAUGAAGAUGAUCUUAAAGAUAUUUUUUUACAACUAAGAGAAGGAAACCUUGUUUGUGCGCAGUAUCUCUGGCUUCGACACCGGGCCAACUUUGAAGACAGGUUUGAUGUGAAAAUGCUUGAGAACUUGCUCAACUCGAUUCCUACACCAGUCUGUCUGCAGAAGCUUUGUCCAUGGCUUAAAAAUGACGUGAUCCCAUUUGUGAGAAGGACUGUGCCUGCGGGACAGAAAAUUCUUGCAAAAUGGUUGGAGCAAGCAGCCAGGAACCUUGAAUUAACUGAUAAGGCAAACUGGCCAGAAAAUGGACUUCAACUGGCAGAGGUAUUUUUCACCACAGAUAAAACAGAAGAGUUGGGACUGGCAUCAUCUUGGCAUUGGAUUUCCUUGAAAGAUUAUCAGGACACAGACGAGGUGCAUCAGCUACAGACUUUGGUCAAUAACUUACGAGAGUUGAUCACAUUACAUAGGAAAUACAACUGCAAAUUGGCCCUUUCUGAUUUUGAGAAGGAAAAUGCAACCACCAUAGUGUUCCGAAUGUUUGAUAAAGUGCUGGCCCCGGAACUAAUUCCGUCCAUCUUAGAGAAGUUUAUACGGGUUUACAUGAGAGAGCAUGACUUGCAAGAGGAGGAACUUCUCCUGCUGUACAUAGAGGAUUUACUAAAGAGAUGUAGCUCAAAGUCCACGUCACUUUUUGAAACAGCAUGGGAGGCGAAAGCCAUGGCAGUGAUUGGGUGUUUAUCUGACACAGACCUCAUAUUUGACGCUGUGCUUAAGAUCAUGUAUGCAGCCGUGGUUCCGUGGAGUGCAGCUGUGGAACAGCUGGUAAAAGAGCAUCUAGAGAUGGACCAUCCCAAAGUCAAGUUACUACAGGAGAGUUACAAGCUGAUGGAGAUGAAAAACCUUUUACGAGGCUAUGGAAUAAGAGAGGUGAACCUCUUAAACAACGAAGUGAUGAGGGUGGUCAGAUACAUUCUCAAACAAGAUGUUCCAUCUUCUUUAGACGAUGCAUUAAAGGUGGCCCAAGGAUAUAGGUUGUCUGAUGAUGAAAUCUACAGUCUUAGAAUUAUUGACCUGAUUGAUAGAGAACAGGGUGAAGACUGCCUCCUUCUGUUGAGGUCUUUGCCUCCUGCUGAAGCAGAGAAAACUGCUGAGAGAGUCAUCAUAUGGGCUCGACUGGCAUUGCAAGAAGAACCGGAUCAUUCCCAAGAGGACAAGGCCUGGAGAAUGUCUAUAGCGAAAACAUCAGUGGACAUUCUGAAAAUGCUGUGUGACAUUCAGAAAGACAAUCUGCAGAAGAAGGAUGAAUGGGAAGAAAUCUUGAAGCUAUUUAAAAUGGCUGCUAGCUUACAGGAGAACUUUGAGGUCUUCCUUCCAUUUGAAGAUUACAGCAACAGUGCCCUGGUAGCAGAUCUCCGUGAACAGCACAUCAGAGCUCACGAGGUUGCCUCGACUACUGAGAAGGGCCUGAGCACCAAGUCCAAGCUGCACCGACAGGCGCUGGCCCUGCAGGUGUCUGAACAAGAGCUGGAGGCAGAGCUGACCUUGAGAGCCUUAAAAGACGGGAAUGUCAGAACAGCCCUGAAGAAAUGCAGAGACUUAUUCAGGUAUCACUGCAACCCCCACACAGGGGAAUUGCUGUUUCUCGCAUGUCAGAAGCUGUGUCAGAUGUUGGCUAAUGACAUACCAAUGACCGCACCUGUGGGACUAAAUCUUCCUUCUGAGAUCCAUAAUCUAGCAUGCCAAGCUGCCACCAUCUGCAGUCCAGAUCUUUUACUAGAUGCUUUAGAACUCUGUAAAUAUACUUUAACGGCGGUGGAGCUUUCCCGGCAGUGCCAAAUGGAUGACUGUGGAAUUCUAAUGAAAACUUCCUUUGGAACGCAUAAAGAUCCAUAUGAAGAGUGGUCUUACAGUGACUUCUUCAAUGAAGAUGGAAUUGUUCUUGAAUCACAGACCGUGCUGCCUGUUAUUUAUGAGUUGAUCUCAUCGCUUGUGCCUCUCACUGAAAAGAAGAGACUUCCCUUGGGUUCUGUGAGUUUGCCAUACUGCUCUGUUAGAGAAGGAGACAGCUGUAUUUUACCUGUUGUCAACUCCAUCUCUGCCCUGCUUCAGAACCUGCGGGAAUCUAGCCAGUGGGAAUUGGCCCUGAGAUUCGUAGUUGUUUCCUUUGGAACCUGUCUUCAGCACUCUGUUUCGAGCUUCAUGGAUACCAGUUUGAGUGAAAAGCUGUUUGGAGAGACCGCAUUAGUUCAAUCAAGGCAUAUUGUUACAGAAUUGAAAGAAAAAUCUGUUAUGUUCAUCAGGGGAAAUGCUACAACACUUUUGCACAAAGUAUUUAACUGUCGCGUUGUCGACCUUGAUCUGGCACUGGGUUACUGCACUCUCUUACCUGAAAAAGACGUGUUUGAAAAUCUCUGGAAGCUCAUAGAUAAAGCUUGGCAGAAUUACGACAAAAUUUUGGCAAUAUCUUUGGUGGGCUCUCAGCUGGCCAGCCUCUAUCGAGAAAUUGAAAUGGGGCUUAAGUUCCAUGAACUCAGUACUGAUGCCCAGUGGGGCAUUCGUCUUGGUCGACUUGGUAUCUCCUUUCAACCAGUUUUCAGGCAGCAUUUCCUCACCAAGAAAGACCUCAUUAAAGCACUUGUGAAGAACAUAGAUAUGGACACAAGCCUCAUUCUGGAAUAUUGCAGCACGUUCCAGUUAGACUGUGACGCAGCUCUGCAGCUCUUCAUCGAAACACUUCUCCACAACACGAGUGUCAGCCACAGCCAGGGAGAUGCAAGCACGGAGCUUCCAAGGCGCCAGCACUCCAGACUCCUGGCUAAAGCCAUUGAAAUGGUUCCUUUACUGACAAGCACGAAAGACUUGGUCAUCAGUCUUAGUGGGAUACUGCACAAGUUGGAUCCCUAUGACUAUGAGAUGAUUGAAGUUGUCCUGAAAGUUAUAGAAAGAGCUGAUGAGAAGAUAACCAAUAUUAAUAUUAAUCAGGCAUUGAGUCUUCUGAAACAUUUGGAAUCAUACAAAAGGAUUUCUCCUCCUGUGGACUUGGAAUAUCAAUAUAUGUUGGAGCAUGUCAUAACUUUGCCACCAGCUGCCCACACUAGACUGCCUUUCCAUCUGAUAUUAUUUGGCACAGCACAGAACUUCUGGAAGAUUCUCUCCACAGAACUCAGCGAGGAGUCCUUUCCCACAUUGCUGUUAAUCUGUAAAUUAAUGAAGUUCUCUCUGGAUACUCUGUAUGUAUCUACGGCCAAACAUGUUUUUGAAAAAAAUCUCAAGCCAAAGCUCCUGAAGUUCACACAAGCCAAACCGUCCACGCUGAUCAGCAAGGAAGUAAGCAAGAUCACUCAGACCAUCGAGUCCUACUUACUGUCUAUAGUCAACCCGGAGUGGGCUGUUGCAAUUGCCAUCACUCUCACCCAGGAAAUCCCAGAAGGCUCCUUUAAGAUGUCAAGUUUGAAAUUCUGCCUGUAUUUAGCUGAGAGAUGGCUAGAGAAUGUCCCGCCUCAGGAUGAAACACGGGAAAAGGCCCAGGCUUUGUUGAAGAAGCUUCAUGUCCAGUUCCGGCGAUCAGGCACAGAAGCCGUGCUCAUAGCCCACAAGCUGAACACUGCGGAGUAUUUAAGAGGCAUAGGGAAGCCGGCACAUCUCAUCGUCAGUCUCUACGAACAUCCUAGCAUAAACCAAAGAAUUCGGAACUCAUGUGGUAACAGUUAUCCUGAUAUUCACGCAGCAGCUAAGGAAAUUGCUGAAGUCAAUGAAAUUAAUUUGGAAAAAAUCUGGGACAUGUUGUUGGAAAAGUGGCUGUGCCCUUCAGCAGCACCUGGUGAGAAGCCAUCAGAAUUAUGUGAACUUCAGGAAGAUGAAGCCCUCCGGAGAGUUGUGUAUCUCCUCCAGUCCCGUCCACUGGACUAUAGUUCAAGAAUGCUGUUUGUAUUUGCAACAUCAGCUACAACUACACUGGGGGCACGCCAGUUAACCUUUGCCCACCGAACACGAGCUCUUCAGUGUCUCCUCUAUUUGGCUGACAAGGAAACUGUAGAAUCUCUCUUCAAAAAACCCAUUGGAGAAGUGAAAUCCUAUUUGAAAUGUAUAACUUUCCUGGCAUCGUUUGAGACUUUGAACAUCCCCAUCACCUAUGAGUUAUUUUGCAACAGUCCAAAAGAAGGAAUGAUCAAAGGUCUGUGGAAGAACCACAGCCAUGAGGCCAUGGCAGUAAGAUUAGUGGCUGAGCUUUGUUUAGAAUACAGAGUCUACGACCUGCAGCUUUGGAAUGGACUCUUACAGAAGCUUCUUGGUUUCAACAUGAUUCCUUAUCUAAGGAAAGUUUUGACAGCCAUUUGUAGUAUUCAUUCUUUAUGGCAGAUUCCCUACUUCAGUAAGGCGUGGCAGCACGUGAUACAGAUCCCCCUGCUUUCAGCCUGUUGUCCUUUGAGACCCAGCCAGCUAUCAGAUUGUUGUGAGAGUCUCAUUGCUGUCCUAGAAUGUCCGGUUUCAGAUGAUCUUGACAUGAUGGGCGUCGCCAGGCAGUAUGUCCAGUUAGAGCUUCCGGCUUUUGCAUUAGCUUGUCUGAUGCUCAUGCCUCACUCAGAAAAGAGACACCAGCAAAUUAAGAACUUUCUGAGCUCAUGUGAUCCUCAGAUCAUUUUACAGCAAUUAGAAGAACAUAUGAGUACUGGCCAGUUAGCAGGAUUUUCACAUCAGGUUAGAAGCCUGGUCCUGAAUAAUAUCAUAAAUAAGAAGGAAUUUGGGGUUUUGGCAAAGACAAAAUACUUUCAAGUGUUGAAAGUACACAUGAUGAAUACCAACAGCAUCACUGAGCUAGUGAACUAUUUGGCAAACGAAUUCAGUGUGGAUGAAGCAUCAGCCUUGAUAACUGAAUAUUCAAAGCACUGUGGGAAACUUCCACCGGACGCUGCUCCCUCUGAGAUUCUGAAGAUGUUCCUUGCUGGAUUAUAGCAAGUCAGGAAGCCCAAGAAGCUUGGAGUCUGCUGUGAACUGACUGUACUUAGUACCAUUUCCAGAUGUGUAAUCUGUAUGUUGCAGCCGUUUGUCAGAAAUUGUCCCCAUGUCAUAGCUAAAAUGCUCAAUGUAACCAGGUCCAUACCCUGAAUUAAUGGAUCUUUUUGUUGCCAGUCACUUACGUAAUUUAUAGACUCUCGGUUUUCACUCUGUAUUCAGAACCAACCAGUGUACAAAUAGUUUACUCUCCCCUUCAAGAAAAGCAACUGCUACUUAUAUCCUGUUUCUUCUGUAUAUAAAAAUAAGUUAUCUGUCUUUUCAAUGUUAUUCUAAGUAAAUAUUUACAUAAUCUGAGUGGCGGGGUUCGUCAAGUGGGAAGGUAGAAACUACCCUAGGUGCCGAGCCGAGGAAGACUUAAUGCCAGGGCCUGGUUGUAAAGACGUUGAAAGGACCAAAGCAAAGGGAGCUGGAGGGGAGUGCUGGAGGAGGAGGCAGCGUCGGCAGCCAGGAGGAGCCUGAGUCUGCUUUCGGCAUUGAGCUGUGGAGCUGCCACCGCCACCCCGGACGCGGAAGCAAGUCUCCUCCUGCCGACGCUGCCGCGGCCACGCUCAGCCUGUGCUACUGCUGGCCAGGCCCGCUCAGAAAACGCUGCUGCUCCCUCUCUCCACCCUUCUGAUUCUGUGCCAGUGCCAGAGGGACAGAUUCAGACAGAGUCAACUGGCAGUGAGUAGGAAGGGGCAGUGUACGGGCUGUGAGGGCCCAGCAGCCCAGAGGCAGCCAGACGGAUGGUGCAGAGCCGAAAGCCGGCCUUGAAAACACGGACUCUGCUGGGACUGCCUGGCUGGCCUUUUGCCCUGCUUGUGAAUAACAGCUUGAAUAAACUGAUUUGCUCUGACUGCAAUUAGUUUGCCUUUCUUUUGCCAGUUGAGAAAAAUACAGUUUCUGUAUAGAAAACUCAUUGCAGUAUGAUGAUUAAACACACAGAUUUGGGAGUAAAACAGGUUUGGAUUUAAAUUCUGGUUCUAUCGAUUACGAACUGUGUAGUCCUGGACUAGUAGCUUAGUUCCUCAAAUCGCAUUCAUUCCCUCAUCUGUAAAACGAAGACAGCACAGUACCUGCCUUUGAGUGGCAGGAGGUUGAGUGACAGUUAACAAAGCAUUGGCCGGCGCUGCGGCUCACUAGGCUAAUCCUCUGCCUGCAGUGCCAGCACCCGGUCAGGGCGCCGGGUCAAUCCC